AUGAACUCGAAACACAGUUCGCUGGAGGAGAAAGUGAAACUGCCGCCCACGGAGACAAUAAGCCGCUGCUACCAGCCGCAGCAGAGCAACCGCAAGGUCAUCCGCAUCCUGACCGUCGCCGUCUAUGUCCUUUGCGUUUCGCUGGCGGCCAUCAUGCUCUCCCUGUACUACAUCUUCAUCUGGGACCCCACCAUCCGCCCCUUCGUCACCAAGGCCACGCACUGCGAUAAAAUUGUGAUACCCGAAAAAAUAGCCAUUCGCCUCCUAAACUCAUCGGAAGUGACCGCGGAGCAGUUCUACAAGCACAUCCUCGAGCAGUACCGCAUCCUCAGCCACAUGCAGCAGCAGCGCCAGCAGAUCCUGCAGCGCCAACAUCUGCAGCUGCAGCAGCUGGAGGCGAACAAUCGCUUCCAGGAGGUCUUCGCCACGGCCACCAUAAUCCAGGCGCAUCCGCAUCCCCAUCCGCAUCCCCGCGAGCCGCCGAAGAAGCCGCUCCUGGGUCCGUACACCCCGGGCAUCCCGAACACCCCGGGCAAUGUGAGCCAUCAUCACGAUCAGCCGGGAGGUGACACGGAUCCGGAGCCGGCUCACUUGCCCCUCCUGCUGGACACCUCACCGCCGGCCGAGGUCAACGGAAUGGGUCACCUGAAACGAAAGACGCAUCGGGGUCACUACAAGCACCACAGGGCUCGGACUGGCAGCCAAAAGAAGCUGUCCAUUGCCAACUCGAUGGCCAGUUCCACGCCGAGCACCACCAGCGGAGGAGGAGGAGCUGGAGGAGAUGCCCUGGCCACGGCGCCCACUUUGCCGCACGGCUACAUGGACACCCCACUGAACCCGGCGGCCGGAACGAUUGUGCAGCCACCGCAGCUGCAGCUCUACACCUCGAUGCCCAUUCCGCUGAUCCUGAGUCCCAGCGAGGAGAAGCGUCCCUCGCACCACGCCCACGGCCAUGCGCACGGCGAGCGGCGGGGCGGAACGCAGGCGGGCGGACGACGAAGGACCACGACGGCCUCGGUGUCCGGCUACGAGGCCCAGACCUACCUCAAUCCGUUCCUCACCGGCGAGCUGAUCUUCGAGAAGUAAGGGAUCGCAGCCCGCGGUUAAUGUACUCUUUUUUUUUUCUCUUUUGUAAGCCACUUAGAGGGAUUUACAACACAACAGCCAAGAUCGGAGUGUGGAGAUUAGCUCACUGAACAAAAUGGUAUAGCGAUUCGGCCAUACCUUCCAUACCUGAUCAUACCUAUAUCAGUGGAGAACUCCUUAGAAGGGCAGCACUACUCGCAAUAAUUCGGAUGGGCUCAGUACUGGCAUGGGCGAAAAAGGCGAUAUAUUUCAAGGAACUUGGUUAUACGGAUAUAGUUUCCAAAUCAAAAGCGGUACUAAGCAUUUCAUAUUGAAAUUUACAGUUAUAUAUAUACACACAUCUCAUUUUAUACGUAGAAUAUGUUUGAAAUUAAACAGAUCUUAAGAUUUAUAGAGAGAACUUUAGAAAAAUGAGAGUUAUCGGUUAUGAUGUUAACAUAGAAUCAACUUGUGCCAGUGCUGAGCCGCAAUUUGGUCUAUAUAAACAGAGCCAGGCCCGGCCACAUAUAGAGGUUAAUAAAUGUUACGUACUUGAAAAGGAUAGUUGAAACCAUAGCUAAACUAUAGUCGAUGUACCAACCACCACACAACCACAACCACUCCACCACACACACUCGAAAGGGACACACACGCAUAAUACGGGACCCACUUCAGUAGAAAGUCACUCGAUAUCAGCGAUCACGGAUCACGGAUCACGAAUCACGGAUUACGGAUCACACAGGCGGCUCACCUCACCAAGCUCAGCAGCAAACUCACCCCACCUAGGACACUGCUUCCAGGCAGCUAGCGAACGCUACACCAACUACAAUAAUUAGCCAACCCUAAACCUAGAGUAACCAGUUUACCAGUUUACCAG